AUGCUCGAUAGCUCGCAAAGGAUCGCCCAGGCCAAGCUGCUGAGCCACAUGCAACAGCUAGCGUCUAUUCAUGGGCUUCGGGUUCUGGUCAAGUGCCUUGAUUACCUAUCUGAAAUAGAUGACGACCUGGAUGCGGCAGAAGAGAGACAGCUCUACCUGGAUAUACUGGCAGCUGUAUCUAAAGCAGACGUCCUCCGCCUGUGGGAUGGCAGACCGGCGGCGGCUGCUGACCAGCGCGUCGAAGAGCUCAAGACUGCCGAACAGCGGAUAAGUGCCGUCAUCGAGAAGAUCCGAUGGAACAGGGAUCUAGGCGACGUAGACGUCAAAAGCCAGGUCGAGCCAGAGCUUGUUGCCGCCCUUGCUCGAUUUGCCAAGACCUGGGACUUGGACGAGUUCAUGGACAUGCACGAAAAGAUCACGAGCGAGCCGCCGACGUUGAACGUGAGCGGCAUAUUGAAGUUGCAGGCCCAAUUCAUCCUACAAGCCAACGUUGCUCAGGCAAGCCUAACCAGUGACAACGGAGCGACGCCGACCAUCUCCAUCAGCUUCGUUCCGGACGAAAUCCCCAACGUAACCCUCAUCAACAUCAAAAAGCAGUGCAGGGCGCUGUUCGCUCCGUUGGCGAGGCGCGUCAAAGAGUCCGAAAAGGCACUGCGUCAAGAUCUCUACACGAUGCACCUCAUCUCUCUUGGCACCCCUCAUAGCAAGGGUGGACAGCAGUGGAAAGAACUAGACGACCUCGGGCAAGCCGGCAUGGACAUCAUCGGCCAUCUCCACCUGGACGCGGGCCAGAUACUGCUGCGCGGCCCGGGCCCGCUCCUCGGCCAGAAGAUGCUGCUGGGGUCUGUGGGCCCGACCACCGACCGAGCUAGGGCAAAACAGGACUCGGAGACAGGUUUGUACGGCGCAGGAGGUUCCCAGGUGACCCACGAGGACAUGGAUGCAUGCGUUUGCCAGAAAGCAGGGAUCACUCCUGGCGUAGAGUAUGUUCAACUGAGCCAAGAUGGGUAG